AUGCCCUCUGACAGCCGAGGGCAAACAGCUGGUGCCAUGUACACUAGACUGAAUAAGUCAUGCGACCAGUGCCGAAAUCGAAAGGUUCGAUGCAUUGUACAGUCGCCUCCACCAGGAGCUUCUGUCGCGUGCAACAACUGCAUUAUGCAGGACCGACGAGCUCCGAGCUCAGGGCUAGCCUACUUCUCUGAUCAAAAAGUGGAUCAACUCGUGCAAAGAAUUGGCGAUUCUCGGAUCCGAGAUCUAGUCAAUGGCAUAGAUGCUGCCUUGCAAUCUAGUAUUCUCACCCGCACCGACGAGGUGCUCUCGCGACUCGGCUCUGAGCGCAGGUGCCCCCCGGUCCGGAUUCCGGCGGAUGAAUCAAGACUUUACGUUCGUCAAUACUUCGACACACUGCAUCCAGUUUACCCAUUCUUGAAUCGAGACGAGUUUGAAGAAAAGGCAUUCAGCCCCGAACUGGACAAAGUCUUGGAAGAUGAUCUACAGUAUUCGGCCUUGUAUCACGCUGUUUUAGCUCUGGGAUGUCAGCAUUUUGGCCAGGGCUCGUUCGAUCCGGGAAAGGGUCGAGCUUGGGAACUCUUCCGGGUAUGCCUCAGCCAUACUGCCGAUAUCCUCAACUUUGGAGACUCCCUGCUUGGCCUUCAAGCACUGACUGCCAUGUCGGUAUUUUCUAUGAACGCAUGCUACCUUCAGGUUGAACACUCGAUUCUUGCCGAGGCAACACGCAUGGCCCUAGCCCUUCGCUACCACAAAUCAGCUUUAGAAGGAGGUCAGGCGGUAUGCCGGAGGACCUUUUGGGUGAUAUAUCAUCUCGAAAAGCAGUACAGCUUUCAAGCCAGACGCAGCUCCGGAAUUGCCGAUUACGAUGUUGGGUGCCCAAUUCCCAACGUUCCAGAGUCGACAUUCGGGGUAUACAACUGGUUUCUGUCGUCGAUACGAUUUGGCAGGGUUCUUUCCGUGGCAUACGAGCAACUCUUUUCCGUCACAGCGUCCACCCGUGACACACCAGUCCUGUUAUCCGCCAUCUCUCGGCUCCGUGUUAUGCUGGACAGUUGGAGACAAUCUAUUCCAGUCGACUUUGGGCCGAAAGAGCAGCUGAACAAGCAGCGGCUCACAGACCCACGCACCAAGCAAACUGCACUCUCGACGCAACUUUACUACUUUCAUUUAGUAAUUGCUCUAGAACGAAUGUCUCUUCAACUAGACGAGGAAGGUGGCCAGAGACAACAAGAAAGCCGAAAGGACCUAUUACAAGCCGCUAGGACUGUUAUUGAGCUCACUCGCUACAUCGAUGUCGAGCCGUAUACACCAGUAUUCACUCUAGCCAUCAUGCCCUUGUCGGCACUUUUCAUCUUAUUUGACUUCAUCAUCUACAACCCACAGCACCCCGAUGUCCGCUCAAAUCUCACUCUGUUGGAUAUCGCCGUUGGUCACUUCAGCCUUCUUGACCACGCUUCCGAAGGAUCACUACCAGGAAGUCAUCUGAGUGAGUUUUCGCACAUUGCACGGCGGUAUGUGCACGAGCUUCCAGCCCGUCCCGCCGAUGGGAUCGACGACUCAUCACCAUCCUCUCUGGGAAGGCGGGACAAUACCAUCGAGCAGUAG